UGCGCAUGCCUAGUGAGCAGGGCAGUCAGGAGGAAGCGCGUCUACCGACUGGAGGGAAGCACUGGCUGGCAGUCCUAAUGGCGGAGAAUGUACGCUCGCCUUUCGACUACCGCGAGCCACCGACACUCGACAGUGACGGGGACGGCAGCAAACCGCAACCGCCGCGCGGCCGUGUUUGCGGGAGGAAGCGCAAGGGGACGCCGGUGAAAGUGUGUGACCGAGCCUACGUGACGGAAGAUGAGGAGGAGGAGAGCAUGUCUGAGCACAGCUAUAGUCCUGGUGAGGGCCAAUAUCCAGAGGGCACCGAGGAUGGCCUCCCACCACCGGGGAGUCCUUACUACCUAACAGACCCAGCUCAGCUCUGGUAAGGAGGACCCGUUCCCAUGCGUACCGGAGCUGGGCGAAGAAGGGGCGGGCGGCGUCCGGGGACCCGUGCUCUUCCACCCGCCGCCGAAUUGCCGCAUUCGCGAGGUGCACUGUGGCACUCAGGUGCGACUGGUAGUCAUCGCGAUCCGAGACAUAGCCAAAGGGGAGGAGAUCACUGUGGACUACAGCCUUACGGACUGGGGCGAGAAUGCCAUGGACGAAGAGGCCGGUCCCCACCCGCUGUCCCUCUCUGUUUCGGAUUACCUCACCCCGUCCUGGUCCUUGUCCCCCUCAUCCUCGCCACUCACCCAUUCCGAGCCCAGUGACUCGGACCGCGAGGAGGAUGAGGAGGAGGAAGAGGAGGAUGACGAAGAUGAGGAGGAGGAAGAGGAGGAAAUGGAGGAGAUGCGAGGCCGAAUCCUUCGCCGCCGCAAGAAGCGCAAGAUCCCCGCUGUGGUCGGCGCCAAGAAAAAGAGUGCGCCCACCUCCUCGCGUGGGCCAGGGCGCCCCUGCUCGUCUUUCUCACCCCCCCCAGCCAGAUCUAACUCGCAGCCGGUCGGCGCUAUGGCCCCCCCGACCACCAACAUCAACAAUAACAUCAACAUAAACAUUGGCAGCUCCAGCGGCACCCCGGUGAGCCGGCGUCAGCACUGUCUGUACUGCGGGCGCCACUAUCGAUCUUUGGCACGCCACCUGGAGAAGCAUCAUGCCAAUCAGCCCGAAGUCCGCUCGGCCAUGGAGCUAGCGCAUCUCCGCGCCCACUCCAACGGCAACCCCUCGCCUGCCUCUGCAACUCGCAGUCAUUCCUUCGCGGUCCCGCAGCCUUCGGCGCCCGGUCCGGUGCCCUCGCUAUUCGCCAGGGAGAGGGAAUCGCCGGGCACCCGCUCGGGUGCCGUUUCUUUCUCACUCUCUCUGUCGCCACCUGCUCAAAAGAAGGCGGCGCCAGUCUCGUCCUCCCCGCCGACCACCAGGCGCGCUGCCCCUCCGACGGCGCACCGAGUUAAGAGUCCCACGCCUCCUCCCUCGUCUCCUCCCAGGAGAGGUCGCAGGAUGAAGAGGGAGAAGCUUGAAGAGCAGCAAAAGGUAGAGGUGGAGCGUGUCCAGGAGGAAUUGGCCCCUCCUCCAACUCCGGAGCCGGACAUCGAUCCAGAAGAAGAUCUUGAUCUGUGUGCGGAUGGAGACGGUGAUGCGCCGGAGGAGAGUAACGGAGAGACCACCAGGUCACGGCGUCACCACAUGUCUCCGCUGCUAUCCUCGCUGUCGUCGCUCGUGACGUACCUCCGGCAGCAGCAGCACGCCUCCUUUCUGUCGCUGGGCCGCUCGCACUCGGCCGAGGCCUGGCGCCAGCUGUGCCACGCCAGUCUCUCGCUGUUCAUCCUCUACAACCGCCACCGCGAGUGCGAGGUGGCCAAGCUAACCAUCCAGGACUACCGCAAGCGCGCUGCUCCUCAGGAGAGCUCCACCACCGGCGGAGGCGGCGGUACCACCGAGGCCCUCCUGUCGCCGUUUGAGCGCAGGGUCCUCUGCCACCUCCCGAGGGCCAGCGUCAUGGGAAAGCGCGGCCGCGUCCAGCCCCUCAUUCUGCCGCCGAACUGCGAGUCCUGCCUGGACCUGCUCCUUCAAACCAGCGCAGACGUGGGCGUGGAUCCCGAGAGCCCCUAUGUUUUUUCCCGUCCCUAUCACUCCCCCGCGACCCCGCUUCGCGGCACAGACCUCCUGAGGAACUUGGCGCGAGCGAGCGGCGUUAAGAACCCCGGAGCUAUCACGGGGACGCGGGUGCGCCGGCAGGUGGCCAUUCUCACGCAGCUCCUGCUUCUGGAGGAGGGCCAGGCUCAAGGGAGCGCCACCAAGCGUCUGGAGAACUUCCUGGAGACCGAGUACCACGUAACGCAGAACUGCUCCUCCAUCUCGAGGGACGCCGCGCUGAUGGGGCGGGUGGGCCGCGUUGUUCUUUAUGGCGAGAAGGAGGGUGUGCUCUUCCGCGGGAUGAGCUUGCAACACAUCUGUCUGGAGUUGGACGUGAUGUCCGGCAACUCUGUCGACUCCUUCUCGGAAGGCUCGGAGGCGGAAGAUGUGAAGGAGGAGGUGCCGCAAAAGGUGGAGGUGAUGGUAAAGAAGAAAGGACCGGGCAGACCCCCGAAGAAGAAGAGAGCGCCCACUCCUUCGGCGGUCAGCCCGUCAGUCGCCAGCGCCCCCAAGAGGAGGGCACCCCCACCCAAAUCAGGGAAGCGCGGCGUGCUGAAACGUCCCUGGUCGGAGGCGGAGCGUGUCGCCGUGGAGACGCACCUCAAGCGUAACCUAGCCGAUCUGCGCGUACCCGCCAAGGCUGACUGCGAGCGCUGUCUGGAGCUCUGCCCGCUGCUCGUCAGCAAUCACCGCGACUGGCGCGCCAUCAAGUUCUACGUGCACAACCGCAUCCAGCUGUUGAAGAAGCAGGGUCGGCGGGAAAGCGCCGCUUUGGCAGCGGCUGCUGCCGCCGCCGCCACUGCCGCUGCCGCCGUCUGUUGAUCUGGGACAAAUGUGGCGGGGUGAGGUAGGAUCCACCAGCAAAACCCCUUAUUUGUGUAAAAUAAAUGUCCACGGCCAUACACAUCAUACAUGGAGUACGGAAGGACUUUAUAUAAGGGUGAGCAGGGGAUUUUGUUCAUCCUCACCCUUUUCCUCAUUUACCAUCAGCGGCACCUUUUGUCACACACAAACGCAAAAAAAAAAAAAGCCAAAGAAAAAAGUGGCGUUUGACAUUGCGGUGUGGAGAGACAGCCCAGCAAUUGUGCGAGGUGGACAAACUGCACAUUUUGUAGCAUCACAGGGAGCCAUUUGGAUGACCAAACAUGAAUGUGUAAAGCUUGUCAUUCUGGCCUUUAUAAGCAGUGGUUCUCAAACUGAGGGCCCCUUGGGGACACUCGGUGGCCUACCGGGUAUAGCUUGAGGGGCUGGAAAACGGCAAUGAAAGUGUUGUAUCAUUUAAACAAAAAAGUACAUACCUAUGUAUGUGGACUGGUGGCAAACAAACCUUAUAACAAAAGGCCUGUCCCCCCCGCCCCCAAGAAAAUUGUUCUUUGAUGUUGUUUUUUUUCCCUUGGGUGUCACUCGCUGAAAUAUGACAUUCUUUGUGAAACUUGGACUUUGGCUAUGUUCAUAUUACAGAUCAAUUCAAAUGAUCAAUUAGAAGUUGGAACAUUUCUCUGCAGCCCAGUGGUUGGGAGUCACUGCUUUCAAGGCCCACACAUCUUCUCAACUGAUAUCAUUUUAUGUAUAGUGUGUGUUUAUGUAUUGUUAUUAUUAGUAGUAUUAAUAUUAUUAUAAAAAGAAAAGUCUAACUAUGACACAGGUGUGACAUGGCGGGGACGGUGGCGUACCUCUCCAGCGGCUACUGAUAUUCAUCCGACAAAUAUUGUAAUUAGUCUUCAGUCGCGAUCUUCAAGUUUGUUUGGUCUUCUAUGUACAUACUUUGCUGUACAUAUUAUCUGUAUUAAAGUUAAUGACAGUUUUUUUUAAACUGGAUUUUGAUGUGUGUUUUUGGGUACAGUUUCACAAUACUUCAGAGAGGAAGGAAGGUCUGAAUUGUUGUGCCUCAGUGUGAUUAAAGGAAUAGUCUUUGUGUUUUUCUCA